AUGGACAGAUACGCGAACAUGAAAUUCUACCUCGCACUCACCGUCCUCCUCCUGAUCACUUUCGCCGGUGUCAAAGGACGUAAGUUGGCGAUGCUUAAUUCCAUUCGUCGUAAUCCUUGGCUUUGCUUAUCAGCGACGCUCUGUAGGCUGUUUUGUGGUACACACUGA